UGCAAACAUGCUCAAGAUUUCGAUCCCAAUUGCGGUUUUCCACCUGCUCUGGAAGGUGUCCUUCGGCGGGGCUUACAGCCUACCGCCGGCGGUGCAGUUGGGUGGAGCAAUCGUGGCCGCCGUGGAACAGGACGCCGAGCAGGAAGCCGCCAUCGAGGAGCAACAGCGCGUGGAUCGGCAGACGCUCACCAUGGCCGAAACCCAGUUUCACAGCCUGAUCAACGACGAUCUCAGCCCGGAGGAGGUGAACAACAUGCUACAGAGCUGGUCGAACGAAGGUCGCGGGAAGCACAAAAAGGAAAAAAAGCUACUGAAGAUGGUAUAUCCUCUUCUGGCUGCCGCAGCUGUUGCCAAAAUAGUACUGCUGCCCCUGGUUUUGAAAUGGCUGACGGCUCUCUCCACCUCUUCGUUUGUCAUGGGCAAAAUCGCAUUGGCCACCUCCGGGCUGUUGGCUCUAAAAUGGAUUUUGUCCGGCGGACAUGCACACGAUCGUCUGGAAAUUGUUCAUUCUCAUGCACCUGUCGUCAAGGGAUUGCACGGCACAGAUCUCUCCUCCAGUGGAAGCAGUUGGAUGCCCAUUCGACAACCCUUUAUACCCUUGGGACUGUCCAAGGAGCAUAACUUUGACAACCUGUACAAACCGUUUUUAUAAAGCAACGAAAGUAAGAGUGUUCAGGAACAAAAAAUCUUCUUUUAAAUCCAAAAAAGGGUUUUAAAUGGUUAUAUGAUUGGGAACACCAUUUAUAAAUUAAAAAUUGUAAAAACGUUUGGUGUAUUGAAAUCCAAAAAGGCAGUUCAAAAGAAUAAAUGUAAAUAUCAAUAUAGUGUUAACAUGAAAUCAUAACAUAUUACUGCAAACAUCCAUUUUCCGGCUUAGUGUUAGCCAAUAGACAAGCAAGGCCACGUAACUCCCAGCUUCAUCAACGAUUAAUUAGCACAUGACUCGCCCGACUUUGACGACGUUACGUAGCCGCCCCGUUGACGAUUUUAGGCGUGCGCACGCGGCGCAAAAAUUAACAGCACUGCGGUUCCGUUAUGCAUAAAACGGUUUAUUGCGCAUGCGCACCGUCGGCCAGCCCUCAAAUCCCCAUCAAAAACCCCAAGCCAUCGACCGGUGACCAGAGCCAAGCCAUCAAAGUCGUCGCAUUGGAAGCGGCACUUCCGCAAGUGCCUGUUGCAAUAAGCGCCGACAAACGGCGGAAUGACUUAUGUAAAGAGCGCGACCGAAAGCCGAAGUCAACAAACAAGUUGACACAAAUCAAUCAGCAGGCUGCACCCGAUACAACAAUGACCCACGAACCUCGUUCUGGGUGGCCAAAAUGAAUGGAAUUAAAGAUCCCAAUUGGAGCCACAAAAAAGUUGUAGGUAGGUUAUAACAGAAAGACAUGAAGUACUCCCAUAAUUCGAAUCAAUAUAUAGAAAAACUUAAAAAAAUAAUAUUUAAAAUGAAAAUGAAUUUCCACA